AUGCGCGGGUUUCCAUAUUUUGUCGUGUUGCUACUCCGAUUUUCCCAGAUUGAAGCUUUUGUGGCAAAGAAAAGCUCCCGAGCCCCGGUACAAGUGGGUGGAGUGAAGAGGGGAAAUGCUUUCAUUUCAUCAGAAGAAUACCGAGAAGAAGAUCAAAUCGAUCUGCAUGGAAUGUUAGCCGAUUGGAUUAAGACAAGGGCUCGUCCCCACCAUUUGCCUGUUCGAUAUCCAAGAAAAGUUGUCGAAGUGCAUGUACGAGCUGAUCUCUAUCAGAUUGUUGAUUUGGAUCAACGCUCAAAUCUUGCCACAAUCUCUGCUUAUAUUGAUGCUUGGUGGAUCGAUGAGUACAUAGGAUGGAAUGCGACUGAUUUUGGUGGACUCAACCGGAUAUUUAUCCCAAUUCGAUGGCUCUGGAAACCCGAAUUUUACAUGUAUCACAGUGUCCAAGGAAGAACACCGGAUUACGCUCCGGAUGCUACGGCAGAGGUUCGAUGGGAUGGUCGAGUGCGGAUGUUUGUCCCAAUCACAGCUCGAUCACUUUGUCCUGUUAAUGUCAAAAUGAUGCCUUUUGAUGAGCAAAAUUGCAAUUUCUCGGUAAGUUCCCAA